AUGGUUGCGACACCCUUCCAUCUGACCGCAACAGAUCGAGCAACUCUCUCGAUGUCAGAUGAGGAAUUUAUCCCAUAUACGUGGACAGACCUCAAAACUGCCAUAGCCAGACAUGAUCUCUCCAUUUUGCCGCGAUCACCAUCAAUCCUCCGCCGUUAUAUGGACUGGUCACAAGAGAUUAUUUCAAACAGAAGUUCCACCGCGACUUUCCUUCUCCAAAGUCGUCUAUUCUGGGUCGAUCCUGAGUCACCGCAGCCGCUGGACUGUCCGAUCCAACCAAAGAACCCCGAACCUUUCGCUGACGAAUCGGACUACAAGAUCAUCUACAACGACUGGCCGUAUGGGUUAACAGAUGAUAUAACUCAUCUGGUUGUGUGGAUGAAGACGCGACUAGCGGUCAAUGAAGGGGGGGGAUUGACAUCCGAGUCCAAGUCCCUUGUUGAGGAUUUCGUUGAUCGAACUUUCGUUCAACGAAUGCGCAAUGAUGGUGUGUCUGGGGAUAGGGUUUUGUAUUUCAAGAAUCUCCCGAAGCUACAAAGCGUAGGUGCGGUGGAGCAUUUCCAUGUCCUUCUACGUGGUGCAAAGAAAUGUCUGCUGGACGAGUGGACGCAAUGCGAUGUGCCCAUAUAUCUAAGGUAG